UCUAUUAAGUGUUACAAAAUGUUAUGUCAUAUUUAUAAUAAAUAAUAAUGGUGUUACUAUUAUUAGUUAUAAUCAUGCCAAGAAAAUGUUCAAUAGUUAAUUGUACCACAAAUUAUUUAACAUCAACUUCAGAAGAAAAGCUUCAUGUUUACAUGUUUCCAAGUGACCCACAAAAGUUACAAUAUUGGUUGUCAUCUAUUCCAAAUGCGUUUGAAAAAGUAACUUUAAAUAUGGGUGUGUGUGAAAAACACUGGCCACCAGGCUGCAAAAUGCACAAGCCUCCUCGAUCAAAGUUUGAGGUUCCUGUUGAUCCCCCAUCUAUUUUUCCUGGAUGCACAUCUUCAAUGGUGCGCCAAACAGUCUCAACACAACCAAGAUCUACAAAUAUAAAUAAAAUUUCUUUAACAUCACGAAAUGCAAUACCUGAUGAAUUGGAUGAUUUCAAUCAAAUUGAUUUAAUUAAAUUUUAUGAUGUUGAAGUAAUGUUGUCUGAAAUAAAAGAAAGAUAUCCUCAAUACUUUGCGUUCAUUGAAAAUUCAAAAGUCAUAUUGUUUGAUGUUUCUCGAUCAUGUCUACCUGAAACAAUAUUUUCUGUUGAAAUUAACUGUCAUUCGCGUCAAGUUAAUAUUUAUUGUAGGCAUACAAAAGUUAACUGCUAUGACCUGCUCAGUUUUUCUCAUUGUCUUACUCGGUGGUCACAGCUUGAAGCUAUUGUCAAAAGAGUUUGUAGCUCUAGUCCUGAAAUAAAAGAUGAGGUAUUAAGUUUGAUUAGUCAAAUUGAAAAUACAUACAGUGAUACUUCUGAAGAAAUUUUUUUCCUCAUUGAACAACUACGCCUCACCACUUAUUCUCCAAAUGGACUACGCUUUUCUACUUUAUGUAUACGUCGUGCACUUGAACUGUAUUUGUCCUCCAGAUGUUGUUAUCGACAUUUAAGAAAUCUGGUUUGUUUGCCCAGUCCAAAGACUCUCAUAUCAAAAUUAGGAAGAGUUGGAGAAGUUGGAAAUGAAAAAGUGUGCAAUAAUACAAUCAAAGUUGUUUUUGAAAAUUUUAAUAGUUCUGAAAAGCGUUGCUGCCUUCUCUUUGAUGAGAUGUAUAUUAAACCAAGUGUUAGUUUCAGAGGAGGACACCUCAUUGGAUAUAGUGAGGACAAUCCCACUAAAAUUGCAAAAACGUUAUUAGUCUUUAUGAUUAAACCUAUGUUUGGUAAACCUUCUUUUGUUUGUAGAAUUGUACCAAUAUUUAAACUGUCAGUGCACUUUCUUCACGAUUUGAUUAUAAACAUAAAUAAACAAAUAAUUGAUGCAGGAGGAGAAUUACUGUGUCUUUUAUCAGAUAACCAUCCCACAAAUCGAAGUGUUUACCAAAGUUUCGUUGUUAAUAAAAGUUUUCCAUGGCAAGGUGUUAUAGAAAAAGAAAAACCAGUUAUUAUGCUACACGAUCCAGUUCACUUUUUAAAAAUUAAUAAUCAACCUCUCUCUGGUGAUUGGUCUCACAUUGUUCAAUUAUAUAACAGACAGAAAACUUGUGUUGCCAAAACUACAAAGCUUUCACGCAAGUCAGUGUACCCUAGUUUGAUUGAUAGACAAAAUGUUGCAAACAUGGUUGCUGUAUUUAAUGAAAAAACUGUUGCAGCAUUGAGAUUAGCUAAUUUUGAGAACACUGCCUGUUUUUUAUCACCAAUUGUUUCAUUAUGA